UUUUAAGUAAUGCACUGUAACGUUGACAUUGCAGGAAUAUGCACGCUCGACUGCUAAUGCACAUGUGAUGCUGCGAGACAGGACGAGAGUAUGAGCUAUAAUUCCACAUGAUGUGCAUGGGACGACAAUAGCCUUUCCUUACAAGACCGAUGCAAACGCAUUAAAACCACUUUUAAGGAAAUCUAAAGGAAGGAAGAUGUUUUUUCUUCACGCGCAAAAUGGAACGGGGACAAAUCGGACGCCUGAAACGCGAGAAGUGCGCCAAAUUGCGCCUAUGACUUUACUGUUGAGUCUGGUGCGUUUGCAGCUUAUGGUCAGUAGAAUCGAGAUGCGCUGAACGUAACACAAUAGAGGAUGUACACAGAAACGCAACGCAGAGGGGAAUGAAAGACUUUGUUUGUCAUCGGUUAAGUGAAGCCUUUUGGCAAAGCACUUGAGAAAAGGAGCGGAGAAAUCUUGAAAUGCGCACCUCUUGCUGUUUCUCAAACGAACUGGCACCGGCUCUCUCUCUCUGGACGGAGAGUCAGCUUUGGGAACAACAUGACACGGACGCGCUUCUGCUGUCAUUAACGGGGACAAAUCAGACCAACGCAGCGGCAAUCCGAUCAAUAGACUAUCGAUAAGCUCAUAUAUAAGGCUAAUCAUCACGCCUGCCUGUGUUUGCUUAACCUGUUUAGGAGAGUAUGCUGUGGGACGAUGAACAAACUGCUGAAAGUCAUAUUAUGUUCAUUGGGAAGAUCUGUGGGAGUUCAUGGAUCUAUUUUUGAGUUCCUCAAGAGAUUUUUACAUUGAGAUUAUGAUAUGUGUUUUGCAAGAUGACUCCUACAGUCAGCAUAGCGUCAGACAAACCAGAUCAACUAGUUGCUCCGAUUCCUGUGUAAGCACUCUCGGUUUGGUGUGGAAUUAUGGGGUGACUGCUCAAUCGACUCGGUGAAGAAGCUAUGGAUGUGAACUACUCCACGGUCCUGGACAGCAGUGUGUCACAGCGCGAUUCGUCGAAGCGAGUUCUGACUGGUUGUUUCCUCUCGCUCCUCAUCCUGACCACCCUGCUGGGCAACACUUUGGUCUGCGCUGCGGUCACAAAGUUUCGCCACCUGCGCUCAAAAGUCACCAACUUCUUUGUUAUAUCGCUGGCUAUUUCUGACUUGCUGGUGGCCAUUUUGGUGAUGCCAUGGAAAGCGGCCACCGAGAUUGUAGGGUUUUGGCCGUUUGGCGCCUUCUGCGAUGUCUGGGUGGCCUUUGACAUCAUGUGUUCCACCGCCUCCAUCUUGAAUCUGUGCGUCAUCAGCGUGGACCGCUACUGGGCCAUUUCUAGCCCGUUCCGCUACGAGCGCAAGAUGACACCUAAGGUGGCGUUCAUCAUGAUAAGUGUGGCGUGGACGCUGUCCAUCCUUAUCUCCUUCAUCCCCGUGCAGCUAAACUGGCACAAAGCCCAGGCGACCAUUUACACGGAGCUGAACGGCACCUACGGCGAGCUUCCCCCAGACAACUGCGACUCCAGCCUUAAUCGGACAUAUGCCAUCUCCUCCUCCCUGAUCAGUUUUUACAUACCUGUGGCCAUUAUGCUGGUCACUUACACCCGCAUCUACCGCAUUGCCCAGAAGCAGAUACGCCGGAUCUCGGCACUCGAAAGAGCGGCCGAAAGCGCCAAGAACCGCCACAGUAGCAUGGGUAACAACGGCAGUAUGGAGUCUGAAAGCUCCUUCAAGAUGUCCUUCAAGCGUGAAACCAAAGUUCUCAAGACCCUCUCGGUCAUCAUGGGCGUUUUCGUGUGCUGCUGGCUGCCCUUCUUCAUCUUGAACUGCAUGGUUCCUUUCUGUAACCCCAACGAGAGCUCUGACUUCUUCUGCAUCAGUUCUACCACCUUCGAUGUCUUUGUCUGGUUCGGUUGGGCCAACUCCUCACUCAACCCUAUCAUCUAUGCCUUCAAUGCUGACUUCCGAAAGGCAUUCUCCAUCCUGCUGGGCUGCCAUCGACUCUGCCCUGGCAGCAACACUAUAGAGAUUGUGAGUAUCAACAACAACGGUGGCCCUCCGUCUACUUCUCAGUAUCAGCCUAAGGGCCACAUCCCCAAAGAGGGCAACAACAGCAACUAUGUGAUCCCUCACAGUAUCCUCUGCCAGGAGGACGAGAACCAGAAGAGGGAGGAUGACUCUGGGAUAAAGACCUUUGAGAAACUGUCGCCUUCCAUGUCAGGCAAUUUGGAUAGCGAUGCAGAUGUCUCGCUAGAAAAGAUAAACCCCAUAACACAAAACGGGCAGCACAAAUCCAUAACCUUCUGAGUAUUGGGUGAGAUCUGACCCCAACAAAGAAUCCUUGUUUCUAUAAAGUACGGAAUCCAAAAAAAAAGAAGCUUCACUGAAGACCUUAAAAACAUUUAUUGGACUACAUGAAACUUGCGGAAAACAAAAGAAUGUUCCAAUUGAUGGCACUUUAUGCUGGAUAACUAUCUGCAAAAUAUUCGCAGCAUUUAUGAUUGACGAUACCAGGUCAGUUGUGGCAAGACAUAAAUGGAAAAUAAUGUGAAUAAACCAUGUAUGCAUAUGUAUACAUGUUAUGCAUUUAAAAUGUGUAUACAUGCGCAUGCCCAUGUGGUUGUGGUAGAACUGCUGUUGUUAAUACAAGAGUUAGGUCACUAGUAAAAUAUCUUGUAGGUGAGUUUACGUAAACGGCUCACGAGUAGAGAAAUCCGGUUGCGUCUACUGUCGACAAUAAAAUGUACAUAGUGUUGUUUAUAUUUUUCACCAUUUAUCAGAGUUGGCUAAGUCAGCAUCUCCUUACGCUGCUAGUUGUGAAAUUGUAUGUGCAAACCACCCCAUAAUGUAACUUGAGAGCAGUAGCCAUUCUCAUCCUAGUUCUCUACGUGUGCAUUGGUGUGAUGUCAAAGAAGUCGAAGAGCAGUGGAUUUUUCUGCUAUGUGAUUUAUCAGCUGUGGAAGUGGCCAUAAUAUUUGGAUGUAAUUUUUUAUAUUUUGAUGUCAAAGAUCCCUUCCUUACCUAACCCAACCCCCUUCCUCACCGACCAACCCUUCACUUGUCACAGCACAGGGAAAAUACGAUCCCAGUGGUAAUCUCAUCAGUCAUUACCUACACUUCGAUUGUCAUUAUUCUCACGCUUUAAAAGGGAACAAUGUUUUAUUUGAAACCCUGUGCACAAGAGACCUGCCGGUGUACUUGUAUCCAUCACAGUGUAUAUAAAUGAUAGAAGAAGCCUCAUGUAGAUCCCAGCUCUGCUUUUCUUCUUUGAUUCCAUCCACUCUAAAUGUACAAAAGUAGUUCCAGGCACCACGGCUGCCUUUAAACAGUUUUUUUGCCAACUACGAGGAUGAACUUUGCUCUAGGACAGUGUGAAAUAACGCUAAUCCAUAACGGAAAAAUUUAACUGUGUCUUAUGCAACGCAUCUGUCCAGCUACCUAGAAAGAUGUUGUGACCUUUCCGAAAACACUAUAAGAAGCACUCUGUAGGUCUUUCUAACGCUUCAAAGCAUAUCCAGGAUGAAAACCAUCUUGCAUCAUCCAUAUAGUUAUUGUGCAGAGCCCAGCCCCUGAAUUGUUAUGUCAGCUGUCAGAUGGGUGGGAGUAUGGUUACCAACAUAUGUCACAUCCUUAGGUACAUUGUCUCUCAAUGUGCCUUGAAACAGUUUAACCAUUUUAAAUUGUUUCUCCCUGCCCAAACAGAAUCUGUGGCUUAUAAACUGCCAUCCUAGUUUUAAUAAUUUGUUGAGCUGUUUUGUUAGGUUAUGCAACUGCCCUUGAUCUAAGUUAAUUCCAGGGCCUACCAUCCAGUGAGUGCUUCCCACGAACAUCAGGAUUUGACCGAACUGAUACGCAUGAGCUUGUUCUCAGAGUGCACUAGGAAAAAAUGCAAGAUGCAAACCAGACCAAAACGAUUACUGUAAAUCAAGGUAGCUUUCAGAUCAGUUUGCCCCCUUUUAGCUGAUCAUAUAAAGCAAUUUAGUUCACAUUGACUCUCAUAACCCACAUAGUUCACAUUGACUCUAAAGAGAAAGACUCUCAUAUUUCGCCUUCAGUAAUACCAAAAUGCUGAGGACAUCAUUAUCAGCAGCCUUUGCCAGCUUCCUUCUCACUUACCCGAAUACUCUCCUCCUCUCUAAAAGCUUGACAGAAUGAACUACAACCGCUCUAUAUGUUUGACUCCAAACUAUAUGAAUGGAGUAAAUGUGUUCGUGCGACUUGGACAACUUGGGGAGAGAGAGACUAGAUGAACAAACUUCAGUACACAUAUUUGUCUAAAAUUGGACAUCUGCUCCAGGGAAUUUUCCAGAAGACUCUGUUUACUCAUCUGCCUGUCAAAGACCCGUUCUUCACAAUGCCGCUGUGGAAAUAUUCAGCUAUAUGUUUUAUAGAAAGUUCAUCUUAAUGACCUCCACGUUUCAAAUAGCAUUUUUAGCUUUAAUGAUGGAAUAUAUAAGAUAGUUGGUUUCAGCAGCAUUCAGUUAAGCAACAUCCGAUUUAUUUUCUCCAGUGAGGUGAUUAGCAUUUUAAAUGAACCUUUGUGACAUUCUGAAAAAGUCCCAGGUGCUUCUUUUAUUGCAAAUGCAAAGGUAUUCCCAGAAACACUGGGGAAUCAUGGGUGGUCCUUUAAUUAGAAGUGAAUAAAAUAACAGUGAGCCAAGUUUCUCUUUUUUGUAAACCAAAGAUUGCAGGUUUAUCUUUUGAUUUUGCAGGUGUUGUUCUAUAUACUUAGACAAACCAGUGAUUUCCGGUUGAGAGCUGUUUUUCUCUGUUCCUUUCGGAGGAGGUUGUAAAUGACAGUUGGUGACAAUGGUGAGAGCUUACGAUACUGUGUGACAGUGGCAGCACAAACCCCUUGGAUCAUAACUUUAUCAGCUGCAUUGUACCACUAUUUAUGAACAUUCAUUCCAAGGUGAUACAACCUUAACCUCAGAUGCUCAACGAAAUUAGCGCAUUGUAACAUAAACAGGAGAAAAACUAAAACAUGUGUUGUAAGAUGUUAAAAUAGAGAUGUGAACACAAGUGCUUUUUAUCUUUAAGUCCUUAAUCGUGAGUAGAGAAAACAAAUGUAUGUGUUGUUUUCAUGUGGGUUUGUCAUGCAGUUAAAGCACUGUACCAGUUUCCGUGAUUCCACAAAGUAGGUUGUGUUCCUGGAUUAACAUGUUUUGUUUGUCCUGGAACAACAUUCUUGUGCUUUUGUGAACAUGAACUAACCCCAAAACCAGACAGAAAUGUUUGGUUGAUAAUGUUUUUGAAGCCCCGACCCCAGCCUUGAAGGAAUACUCUGGGUUCAGUACAAGUGCAAACAAACAGCAAAUAUACCCCCCCAGCUAAUAGUUUUAUAAAAGCAUUCUUCUGUUCAAAGUACAGUAUUUAAUAUGUUAAAAUCAUUUUUACAGUAAUUUUAUGUUUUUGUGAUGACAAAACUGUAAAGCUGGAUACGACUUUACACAGAAAAGGUUCAAAUCAUGCUAACUUGCAUAUUGUGGAUAUAUUUAUGGACUGGCCCCAUUCAUUUCAAUUGUAACCCAAAGUUUUGCUUUUUCAAACAAAAUGAGGGACGAGUGGAAAUUCAUAUUUGUGGCAAUCAACAUCGGCUGAGCUUAACUUGUACUGAAUCUGGAAUAUUCCUAUUCCUGACCCCAAACCUAGCCUAAAAAUUGGACUGGUUGACAGGAAUGUUGUUCCAGGUCCACUAAGGAUGUCGAUCGAGGAACAUGUCCUACUUGGAAACAUCACGGUUGCUGUACAGGUUCGUAUGUGUGCUGCAGUUCUUCAAGGUAUACCCAACAAAUUGAUUACAGUACCUAGUUUACAGUUUGUAUAAAACGGCCCCUUUCUAUUUGCUAAAUAAAAGUGUAUGUUGUUUUUGUAAUCUUGUUUGCAUUUUAUGAGAAGCCGCAGAAU